AUGCUCAUGUCGGGCGACGUGGACUCGGGCUUCGCUUGGCUGUCAGAGCUCGUGGAUGAAGUGGCCAAGAGCCACGCGGAGCGCAUCCGGCAGGAGCAGGCCGCCAAGCAGGCCUUUGGGGCGCAAAAGGUGACCUUCGAAGACGGUCAUCCGGAGCGGUCGCUCGGCAGCUACUUCGUCGAGGUUCAGGCCUUUGAUGCGCGGCUGAGAGCCUCCAACCAAAGCGGGGCCAACCCCUUUGUGAGCCUGGUGAUCACCAACAAGGCGCUUCGCCUGGUGGACACCACGGUUCCAGGAUAUCCCACGGAGGCAACUGGACAAAUUCAGGACUGCAGUUGGGAUCUCACGGACCUCGUGCGCAUCACCCGGGGUUUCUUGGCUCAGGACCUCUUCCUGAGUAUCAGGCGCAAGGGUUCGGUAGAAGAAGGCGCUUCCGAAGGCGUCGUCGCCUGCGUGUUCCAUCGCGCCAAAGACCGGGACGACGCCAUCGGGAAGCUUCACCAGCUGAAGCUCGUGCCCGUGGAGGAAGAUGGCCUCAUGGAAGAGGAGCCAUGA